UAUCAAUGGUUUUUGGCGGAAGUAGGAAAUUGUUUAUUCAAGAUGGCGACCGAAGCGCUGAAGGUUGACACUCAAGAUUCAAUUGAAACUUUGCAGCGCGAAGCUGAGGAGCUAAAAAAGCGUUUAGAAGAGGAAAAAGCAAAAUUGAAAGAUGUCGAAAUGUUUAAAGCUGCAAGUAAGGUGGAUCCUAUUACCAACUUCAGUAUGAAACAGAGGCGCCAUCUGAAGGGUCAUCAAGGCAAGGUACUCUGUAUGGACUGGUCAACUGAUAAAAGACACAUAGUUAGCUCUUCUCAGGAUGGAAAGAUGCUUGUAUGGGAUGCUUUUACCACUAACAAGGAGCAUGCGGUUACGAUGCCAACCACCUGGGUUAUGGCCUGUGCAUAUGGACCAUCUGGAAAUUGUGUUGCAUGUGGAGGUUUGGACAAUAAAUGUACCAUCUACCCACUAAGUUUUGAGGAGACAGAUAUUUCCAGUAAGAAGAAAGCAGUAGCCACACAUACCAGCUACCUGUCCUGUUGUUCAUUUACAAGUUCUGAUAACCAGAUAUUGACAGGAAGUGGUGACAGUACAUGUGCAUUAUGGGAUGUUGAAAGUGGUCAACUGAUACAGAGCUUCCAUGGGCAUGCAGGAGAUGUCAUGAGUAUUGAUCUUUCCCCAUCUGAAACAGGAAAUCUAUUUGUAUCUGGUGGAUGUGAUAAAACAGCAAUGGUAUGGGACAUGAGAUUUGGCGAGUGUGUACAGGUGUUUGAAGGGCACGAGUCUGACAUCAACAAUGUCAGGUUUUAUCCGAGCGGAGAUGCCUUUGCUACAGGCUCAGAUGAUGCAACUUGUCGUUUGUUUGAUCUGCGGGCUGACAGAGAGGCCAAUUGUUAUAAGAAGGAUAGCAUAAUAUUUGGAUGUAACUCCGUUGACUUUUCUAUUAGUGGUCGUCUUCUGUUUGGUGGUUAUAAUGAUCACACUGUGAAUGUAUGGGAUGUGUUGAAGGGAAAUCGUGUCACUAAGCUAUAUGCCCACGAAAACCGUGUUAGUUGUCUAGGUGUAUCACCAGACGGUACAGCCCUGUGUUCUGGUAGCUGGGAUAACACACUUAAGGUUUGGGCAUAAAAAAAUUCUGAACUUUUACCUAAUGCAUAGACACAACAAAUGGCAAAUAUAUGCAGACACAAGAGCAACUGAAGAAAUACGAAUUGUUGAUUAUAGUUUCACUUAGCAAUUAUAAAAUCUUGUUGUUGUUGUUUUCAUUGUUAUUCUUAUGAACAAAUCAUGUUUGUUGUUUAUAUGAUGAUUUUUGAAGAAGAAGAAGAAGAAAAGAUUUGGUUAUAUAAAGGUAAUGGACACAAACUUUGGUGAAGAUGUUUAUUAAUCCAAACAUUAUGUUAAAUAGAGGUUAAAGGAAAUUUUGAGAAUAAUUUUCUGAUUCAGUAAGCUGUUUGAGAUAUGAAUUUCUUUGAGGUUGGAAGUGGGGUACUUUUUUUUGUUGAUCUACUAUGUAGGCCUCUGAUAAAGUAAGUCAUAUGAAGGUCAGUGUAGAAUUUAGAAUAGUAAAUAUUAUUGCAUAGUUGUGUUCAAACUUUGAUUAGGUGAAUUAAUAUUUAGCUGAUAUUUACCAUCAAGCAACUCUUCUUUAUAUUUAUUGGAGGUUAAAUGAGUUGACAGUUUUUGUUUAAAUAAAUUAAGAAGGGUAGAAUACACUUGAGAGUGGUAAAAUAUGCGAAAUGCCUACAAUUUUAAGUUGUUCUACUGAUAUUUUAGAACGUUUCUUGUUAUGUUUUUAUGAAUUAGUAUGAAGUAUUUGGGACCAUUUAUCCCUUAAGAAUUAAGAUUGUAUUGUUAAUGACUGUUUUAACAUAAUGUUUAAAAAAAACAAUGUAAUUUUUAAGCUUAUGAAAUGAUCUACUAGUCCAUUAUUGAAAAAAAAAUGUCUCUUUUAUAUACAUGUAUGCAUGUGCUUUUAUAUGUAUUUAUUAUAUAUUUCUAUUUUAAUUUCAAAGACAUCUUUUAUGUAUCAUGUGCAAUAUUUUUGUGUUAUAUAAUUCUGUUUGUUUACUCUAUAUCACCAUCACUAUGGUUA